CGAGACUAGAUAGACAGGGAAUAAGUCUGUGAUUUCAUGAGCAAACGAAAGUCAAAGGAGCUUUGUCUCCCGGUAGGAGAAUGCAUCUCAAAGGUUCAUGGAAUUUUAAGGCAAAGGCUUUUUCAGCAUCACGGCAAACCGUUUGGAGUAGAUUCUCAGCACAAGCAUUUGGUUGAACUCCUGAAAAGAACCGUGAUUCAUGGUGAAAGUAACUCGGCCCUGAUUAUUGGCCCUAGGGGAUCAGGAAAGAGCAUGUUGCUAAAAGGAGCUUUAGAAGACAUAUUUGGAAUGAAGCAGAUGAAGGAGACUGCACUGCAAGUUAAUCUAAAUGGUCUGUUACAAACUACUGAUAAGAUUGCUCUCAAAGAGAUUACCAGACAGCUACAUUUAGAAAAUGUCGUUGGGGACAGAGUUUUUGGAAGUUUUGCUGAAAACUUGUCUUUCCUUCUUGAAGCAUUAAAAACAGGUGAUCGGAAAAGUAGCUGUCCAGUGCUGUUUGUUUUGGAUGAAUUUGACUUAUUUGCCCAUCACAAGAAUCAGACUCUGCUUUAUAAUCUUUUCGAUAUUGCUCAGUCGGCCCAAACACCUGUUGCAGUAAUUGGACUAACAUGCCGCCUGGACGUUAUGGAACUUCUAGAGAAAAGGGUGAAAUCUCGGUUCUCCCACAGACAGAUCCAUCUGCUCAAUUCCUUCAGCUUCUCCCAGUACCUGCAAAUAUUUCAAGAGAAACUUUCUCUGCCUGCGUCUUUCCCAGACUCCCAGUUUGCUGAGAAAUGGAACGAGAGCAUUAAGAGUCUUGUAGAAAGUAAGCUGGUGGAAGAUGUUCUUCAAAAACAGUACAAUGCCAGCAAAGAUGUGCGCUCCUUACAUAUGCUCAUGCUCCUGGCUGUCUGCCGUGUCAAUGUGUCUCACCCCCAUAUAACUGCCGCGGAUUUCUUGGAAGUCUUUCGCCUCCGAAACCAGGACUCAAAAGCAAAUAUACUGCACGGUGUGUCUGUUCUAGAGCUCUGUCUAAUCAUUGCCAUGAAGCACUUACAGGACAUUUAUGAUGGGGAACCGUUUAAUUUCCAGAUGGUGCACAAUGAAUUCCAGAAGUUUAUUCAGAGGAAAGCUCACUCUGUCUAUAACUUUGAAAAGGCCGUAGUAAUAAAGGCGUUUGAGCACUUGCACCAGUUGGAGCUGAUCAAGCCCAUGGAAGGUCUGUCCGUGCGCACGCAGAAAGAAUACCGACUCAUGAAGCUCCUCCUGGAUAACACUCAGAUUGUAGAAGCACUUCAGAAGUACCCCAACUGCCCUACAGAUGUGAAGCAGUGGGCAAUGUCCUCACUCAGCUGAGGGGGAAGGAUCUGGGCAAUUUCGUUCAGAUAUAUAGAUACACAAUUGUUUUUUUGUACUUUAUAAUAAAAUAUUUCAAGUUCAA